UCCAUAAACUUGAAAGUUUAUGCUUAGAAAUUAAUAUAUAUUUAAUUCAAAAGGUUUUUGUAAAAGCUUAAGCAAUUGAUUAUAAAUUAAUCCUUCUCUUGGAUGGACAGGAGAAUCUACAAUCGAGGUUACUUUUUUGAUAACUGAUUAAGUUACGAUUGUGAUACUAUUGAUAUUACUAUAAACCGGUAUAAAACAGUUCUUGUCUUUUCGACUUAUGUGUUGUCAAUACUGAAUAUCUUAUCAUUCAUCGGAUUGGACAUAAGUCUUAAAUGAAUAGUGAAAAGAGGAAUGCUCGCGGCCGUGGUCGUGGUCGCGGCCGGGGAAGAGGUCGUGGCCGUGGACGGGGGAGAGGUAAAAAGGUGCCAAAAGUGAUGUCGUCUGAUGAAGAAGAAUGCUCCAUGGAAGAGACUGCACAAGACCAAGAAGAACCACCACCCGAAGAUAGUAAAGUUAAUGAGGAAAAUGAACCUGCUAAAUUGGAGGUGCCCUCAGACAUAUCACAGUUGGAAGCACCUGUGUUCACUACAAUACAGCGUGGACCACCAGAGCCUAUGUUGCGACUGGAAUGGAAUCAUAGAGCAAAUCUCAUUGGGGAGAAAGUUUUAAAUCCUAUGAUAUAUUGUUGUGAUACAUGCUCUAAACCUAUUCUGAUUUAUGGAAGAAUGAUACCAUGUAAGCAUGUUUUUUGUUUAUCCUGCGCCAGAGCAGAACACACUCAUUGCCCUCGCUGUAAAGAAAAGGUUUUAAGAGUUGAACAGACUGGUUUGGGAACAGUGUUUAUGUGUACACAUUCUGGAUCAAGAUAUGGCAACACUGGAUGUAGAAGAACAUAUUUGUCACAGAGAGAUCUACAAGCCCAUAUAAACCACCGGCAUGUAUCAAGUGGAGGUGAUGCCAAGCUGGAACCUGAACCGCCUGUUACUAUUGUAAAACCUUUAUCGGUACCAAGUAAAGCGGGAGAUCCUAGAGCCCAUACCACUGCGCAUACGCACGCAGAACGACCAAGAGCGUCUCGUGCCAAUCUUAUAGCAGUUCCUAUACAUGAUCAUACUGAACAUACAUACUAUCCAUAUUAUCAACAGAAUCCCCAGCCGGUCCCAGCCCCGGUAGUGCCAGUGUCGACUGUGCCCGUGUUAGCUCACAAUAUGGCUGUUCCACCUCCAUACUAUCCCGCUGCGUAUACUGCGCCUGCGACAUACGUUGGUCCUGGAACAACCAUGAGCGCUAAUGUAACACCACCCAUGGGAACUCCAGUACCGUUACCACCCAGUACUCUUGGAGAUACAACGAGAUGGCCAGAGACUUAUCAGCCGCCCACACAACAGUGGCCUCAAAAUCACUAUUAUAGAUAACAUUAGCAACUAUCUUAUGUCCAUGAAACAUGCCUUUUAGCAGAAUAUUAAUUACAAUUUCUGAAAUAGUCUGUAAAGACCAGUUUAAACCAAUGUAUAUAAAAAUAACAUUGCAUAAGGAAAUAAUGUUACAAUAACUAAUUGAAAUAGAGGUGUACAAAAUAUAAAUUGCUCAAUAAUUAUUUAUUGACAACCUUCAUUUGGUAUUUAAAUGU